GCCGCCGCUCUCGUCCACAUCUACACCGAUGGCUCUGUCUUGGUGGCUCAUGGUGGCUGUGAAAUUGGACAAGGCCUUUACACCAAAAUGAUCCAGGUGGCUAGCCGGGAACUGAACAUCCCUGUCUCCUAUAUCCACCUGUCGGAAACAAGCACAGUCACCGUGCCCAAUGCCUCCAUCACAGCAGCGUCCAUGGGGACAGACAUCAACGGGAGAGCGGUGCAGAAUGCUUGCCAAAUUCUUAUGGCCCGUCUCCAGCCAGUCAUCAGGAAAAACCCCAAAGGAAGCUGGGAGGACUGGAUUGCAAAAGCCUACGAAGAAUCCAUCAGCCUGUCCACCACGGGAUAUUUCAGAGACUACCAGACCUAUAUGGACUGGGAGAAGGAGGAAGGGGAGCCUUACCCAUAUUUUGUUUACGGAGCAGCCUGUUCUGAGGUGGAAGUCGACUGUCUGACUGGGGCUCACAAGCUCCUUCGGACGGACAUCUUCAUGGACGCGGCUUUCAGCAUCAACCCAGCCCUGGACAUUGGGCAGAUUGAAGGAGCGUUUAUCCAAGGCAUGGGAUUUUAUACCAUAGAAGAACUGAAAUACUCCCCGGGAGGUGUGCUUUAUUCUCGGGGUCCUGAAGACUACACAAUCCCCACCGUCACAGAAAUACCGGAAGAGUUCUAUGUUACUAUGGUGCCGUCCCGAAAUCCCAUAGCCAUCUACUCAUCCAAGGGACUGGGUGAGGCUGCAAUGUUCAUGGGAAACUCCGUGCUCUUCGCCAUACAUGAUGCAGUGGCUGCUGCCCGAAGAGAGAGGGGCUUGACCAACACCUUCAUCCUAAACAGCCCAGCGACGCCUGAGGAGAUUCGGAUGGCUUGUGCGGAUCAGUUCACCGACAUGAUCCCCAGAGAUGACCCUUCGACAUUUACACCUUGGUCCAUCCGUGUGUCUUAAUCUUAUCUUUUCUUUAGAAAAUGAAAGAGUUGAUGAUUGCCCUUAAAAUUCUCAAACCAGAGCAAUAUAUCUGGUAUUUCCCAAAUGUCAAUGAUAAUUUUAGCUUUUUUAUUUUGUAAUCCUCACCCGAGGAU